AUGCCGACUUUUAAUACAAACACCACAUGGCUUGCCCAGCCAUCAGGAUCUUGCUGUCUAAAGGGAUCCCUCCACGAAGGCAAUUCACGUGGACGUUUUAUCACAAUUGCAGGCAUAGAAACAUAUAUAUCAGAGCCCGCCAGCAACGCAAAUGGCCAUAUCCUGCUAUACUUCCCAGAUGUAUGGGGGAUGUUCCCAAACGGCCUUUUGGUAAUGGAUGCUUUUGCUGAGGCUGGAUACUUGGUGCUUGGGUUAGACUAUUUUCGGGGUGACCCAGUCUGGAAACAUCGCCGGGACCGCCACGAUCACUCGAAUCCAGAUUUCGAUUACGAGGCGUGGAAGCAAAAGCACAUGGCCUUCGCGGAUGAGGCUGUUCCGCGCUGGGUUGAUGAAGUGAGAAGAACGUAUGGUCGGUCGUCGACCAAGUACGCUUGCGUUGGUUACUGUUUUGGCGCCCCGUAUGUCUGCGAUGAGUUGGCAAAGAGUACCGUUACAGCUGGUGCAUUCGCCCACCCGGCCUUCUUGACGGAUUCGCACUUUGAAAAUAUUACCAAGCCGCUAAUGCUGUCCUGCUCCGCUGAAGAUCAUACAUUCCCUCAAGAAGCUCGGCGAACUGCGUUGGAUAUCCUGGAGUCAGGUAACAAAAUAUACCAACUACAACUAUUCUCCGGUGUUACACACGGGUUUGCCCUCAGAGGGGAUAUGAAUAAUCCAUACGAGCGUAUGAUCUGCGGUGUUCGGAAUAUGGCCGAUACUAUGAAAACGCAGUACGGGCUUUAUAAGAGCGCGUCACUAAAACUUACUUGUCUAUUGAGAACCCAACGCUCAACCUACUUUCCUAACAGCACUUCUACUAUCAUGGCAUCUGCUAAGGCUUUCGACUUCGCCGGCGAGACGGCUAUUGUCACCGGUGCUGGGUCACGCAUGCCUGGCGAAAUCGGCAACGGCCGAGCAACGGCGAUUCUGCUCGCCAGACAAGGCGCAAAGGUCGCCCUCGUUGACUACAACGUCGAAUGGGCACAAGAAACAAAGCGCAUGAUUGACGAAGAGGGCGGGAUCUCAGAGGUUGUACAGGCCGAUGUUACAGAUGAAGAAAGCUGCCGGAACGCUGUUGCGAAGACCGUCGAGUUGUUCGGGACUGUGCAUAUCCUUGUUAAUAUUGUCGGAGUCGGUGGUGCAAUGGGAGAUGUCACAAAGCUUGACCUCACAGCCUGGGAGCGCGACUUCAAGAUCAACGUGACAAGUAUGGUGUUGAUGAGCAGGCACGUCGUCCCCGAGAUGAGGAAGAACGGUCGAGGGGCAAUUGUCAACAUGUCUUCCGUGAGCGGUCUCCUCGGUGGAAACCCCAGCCUCUUAUACCCUACAACCAAAGGUGCAAUCAUUCAAAUGACCCGAGCUAUGGCUGCCCAGCAUGGUCCUGAAAAUAUUCGCGUGAACUGCGUUUGCCCUGGCAUGGUCUUUACCCCUAUGGUCCGGGGUAGAGGCAUGACGGAUAAAAUGCGGCAGGACCGGAUCAACCAGAACCUGCUGAAGCAAGAGGGGACGGCGUGGGAUGUUGGCUAUGCAAUUGUCUUCCUCUGUAGCAAAGAGGCAAAAUGGAUCACAGGGUUAAUUAUGCCGGUGGAUGGUGGUGUAAGUAAUUCCUUUCCCAAUUAA